CAAUAAUGUAGUACCUGUAAUCCAACAAAUACGGUGACCGAGUGGAGUUUGGGAUCAGAUUUCUUUCUUUAUCCCAUAUAAAAGCUAGGUUUUGCCUUCUUGCUUUCUUGCAUUUCCAAAGUGCUUCGGAUCCACAAAGCCUCUGAGCUUCAUCGCCUGCUUUUGCUUCUUAGAAUAUGCCACAGCGGGGAAGAGGCAGUGCAGGUCGAACCAAUGCAACCAUGGUUAUGCAAGUGGUAGUGGUGUUGUGCCUAAUGCUUCACCUGGAAUAUACACAUGCUGCUCCUCAGGCUGUUGGAGACUCUGGUGGGUGGACCUUCAACUCCGAUAGCUGGCCCAACGGAAAGCACUUUAGAGCCGGCGAUGUGCUAUUAUUCAACUAUGAUCCAAAUCUUCACAAUGUGGUAGCCGUGGACAGAGGUGGUUACAGUAGCUGCACAACUCCGAGUGGUGCAAAAGUCUUUAGAUCCGGCAAGGACAGAGUAAGGCUAGGGAGGGGACAAAACUACUUCAUAUGCAGUUUUCCAGGGCACUGCGAGUCUGGGAUGAAAGUUGCCAUCAAUUGUGUCUAGUAACUAUUCAUAUAUAUAUAUAUAUAUAUAUAUAUAUAUGUAUAUGUAUUUGUGCAUGCAUAAUAUGCAUAUGUCUUGUAUGCAUGUGUAUUGGAAUAUUAAUUGGUUGGAUCAACUGAUAACUUGGUUCGAGCUUUCAAUUGCCAAUUAUUUAUAAAAGUGUAUGCUUCUUUGUCGCUAUUU